CUGUCGAUCCAUCCAUCCCUGUCUCUCUAUAUAUAUCUCGAAUUACAAGGUGGUCGCACACAAGCCCAGACAGAGACCCCCAAAAGGAAGAGAUCGAGGGCAGACAGCAGGAAAUCUAUUGAAGGCAAGACAGGAGCUGGUGCAUGCCUGCCUAAGCUAGCUAGCUAGAGGAAGAAGAAGAAGAAGCUAGCAGCCCUGAGAAGGAAGCCAUAGCGCCCAUGGGGAGGGCUCCAUGCUGCGAUAAGGCGACUGUGACGAAAGGGCCUUGGUCACCCGAGGAGGAUCGGAAGCUCAAGGAGUACAUCCACAAGUAUGGCACCGGCGGCAACUGGAUUGCUCUUCCCCCCAAAGCUGGGCUGAAGAGGUGCGGCAAGAGCUGCAGGCUGCGGUGGCUCAACUAUCUGAGGCCGAACAUAAAGCAUGGCGACUUCUCUGACGACGAGGAUAGGAUCAUCUGCAACCUCUUCGCUACCAUCGGAAGCAGGUGGUCGAUCAUUGCGGCGCAGCUCCCAGGGAGGACGGACAACGACAUCAAGAACUACUGGAACACCAAGCUCAAGAAGAAGCUCAUGCAUGCCCAUGGCCUGCGGCCUCCCACCACCCAUAGCCACCACAGGUCCAAGCAGCAGCUCUUCUUCUCCGCAGAAGCAUCUCCAUCGCCACCACGAGCUGCUCCCUUGUUGCAGCAGCACCUAUCCUCUCCAGCUCAUAAUUAUCAUCACUACAGCGGCAGCAGCAGCUAUAGCUCCAACAACACUUGGACGUCUCUCCUCUCCGCCGGUAGCACCGGAGGCCUCCUCAUGUUUGGAGGCAAUGGCGAGCAGCACAUGAUGAGAACAUGGUGCUCGGACAAUGGCGGCGAUCUUGGCCUCUACUUUGAGCUCUGCAAUAACAGCAGCUUCCAUGGGCAUGGCAGUGCCGUCGCGGCGGGCUUGGCCUUGGAGAGCUUCGUCUUUGGCGGCUUGCAGUUGCAGGACGAUGAGGAUCAUCACAAGGCGUUGCUGCUUGCCGGUGCUGCUACCCUGGACCAUCAGUACAACGCCGCCGCCUCCUGCUACGAGGAGCAUGAUGAGGGGAAGCCGUUGGUUAAUGUGACAACCGGAGGCAGCGGCAGCAAUAAUGGUGCCGGUGGAAGCUUCUUCUACGGCUACGGCGAGGAGAGGAGCAGUAGUGCUACCGCAGCCGGCGUAAGCCAACAAGGGAGGUUCGUCAUGUAUUAAUUACCCAGCAACGGAUGCACUA